GGUGCGCCGAGGUGAAGCGGACGCGGGGAGCUCGGGUGUUUCCGUCGCGGCUCGGCUCUGAACCGCGGCGAACGGGGGGAAUGCGGCUCGGCGGACGGUCGCUGGCCACUCGGCGGAGAUGUGCGCACGGAGCGGGGAGCGCCCGGCGGCCGGCUGCGGUCCCAGUUAACCGGCUGUUUGUGGGGAUGAGGGCGGGAGGGAGCCCCGGUGGCUCGGAGCAGGGUUAGCGGGGGGGCGGGGGUGUUGUUUUGUUUUUUUUUACCCUCCCCGGGAAUUUUCUGCCUCUCGUCGGGGAGACGGAAUGCGAGAGGAGCCGAGGAGGAGUCCCCAGCUCCGGGGAGCCACGCACUGCAGGCAGCUGUGAGAGGUGACGGUGAAAUGAAAAGCAAAGCCUCUGACACUCAACUCUAAACCUUUAGAGCUGCUGCAGAUAGAGGUGACGACACGUGACUGCAUCAAGUUGUGAAGUGUGUGUGGAACCAACAGCAGCAUCAUGUUCUACGGUUCUUCCUCUGGGGCGAGUAUGUCCCUGCCGUCCAAGAGUCGCCUGAAGCGCCAGAGCAGGACCUUCACUCAGGUCCUGUACCGUACUCUGAGCUACAGAGACCGUGUUCCAGCAGAAACUGGAACAAACACCCGAGGGGACCGGCGCUCCACGACCGAACCCCCAGAGCGACCAGCGGACGACCCGGCUGAACUCUCCACGCAGAGCUCGGCCCCCGGGGUGCUGAAGAUUUUUGGAGAUGAAAUUUGUGCCGGUGCCAACUACAAGAGCGUCCUGGCCACGCCACGCUCCAGUGCACAUGAACUGGUCAAAGAGGCACUCGAACGUUACUCGCUCAACAAGGAUGCUGCCCACACGUACGUCCUGUGCGAUGUGAUCGGACAUUUGGAGGGGGGAAGUGAGAUAGAGGGAAGUGUGAUAGGGGGAAGUGUGAUAGGGGGAGGCGGGAUAGGGGGAGGCGGGUGGCGGACUGAGUGCUUGCGUGCACUGGGAGACAAUGAAAAGCCGCUGUUGCUCCAAGAGCUGUGGAAGCCCAGAGAAGGACACGCUCGCAGAUUCGAGCUGCGCCGGAGAGCAGAGGUGGAGGAGCUCAACGCCAAGGAGAAGGACACCAUCACUGCUGGCUCCAAAACCCCCCAAUUCCUGGCGGCUCUAAUGGGUCGGUCCGGACUUGGCAAACACAGGAGCUCCCCCCUACGGUGUGGUCGAGUGGUACAAUCCAGCUCUAAAGACAUCAACGCCCAGGCUCGUAAGCUCCAGAGGAACAGGGCGAAGGGGACGCUGACACUGCCCCGAUCCAGCAACUCAUCCCUCUGCCGCAGCCUCAGUGAAACCAGCCUCAACCAGCUGGGAGUCGGAGAUGAGCCCAAACGUUAUUACUCUACUCUGCCUGGGCCCUUAAGAGCCCGAGAACGUGAGGUGGCCUCCAGUGGCCGGAGGAAAGAGGAGGGGAGUCAGGGAGGAGGAGGGGGGGUGAGGCACUCUCUCUACCAGUCGCCACAUCUGCUCCUGCUGCAGGGAUACAAUCGCCAGGACUGUCUGGUUUACCUGCUGAACAGAGAGCAGCACACAGUCGGCCAGGAGACUCCAUCAGCUCGCCCCAACAUCUGCCUGUUCUCUCCUGACAUCCUGCCUCUCCACUGCCGCUUGCGCAGAGUCCCCGCACCCCGUCGCCAUGCCAACAACAACAAGGGGGAUGAGUUGGCGGAGAACCAACGCUCCUGUGUUGCUGUUGAGCCUGUCCUCCACGCCACCGUUCUGGUGAACUUUUCCCGCUGCGAGCGUUCCACGACGCUGCGACACGGUGACCUCCUCUCAUUUGGAUCGCAUUACAUCUUCUUGUACAAGGACCCUACGGGCGCUAAGCCUCUGCCUGCUCAGACCUUGGCACGCCUUCGCACCCUGGGACAGCUUUACGAUGCAGGCAUGGAGGAAGCAGAGGGCGGUGCCCAGACUUGUAAGAUGUGUGGUUCUGUGCUGAAGGACAGAGCAGCGAAUGUGUUGAGCGCUCCGGCGGUCCGACGCAGCUUCAAACCUCACCUGGUGAAACCCCGCAGCGUGGGGACAACAGCAGGAGGUCCCCUUAGUGUGUCAGGAGUGGAAGGAGGCGGAGGAGGAGGAGGAGGUCAGAAAAGGAGGCUACAACUGGAGUUUGACCAGGGUCAUGAAGACCAGCUGUUGAGCAGAAUUGUGGGUCUCAUUGAACCUGGAGGAGACGACCACAAGCUGACGCCAGCCUACCUGCUGUGUCUGUGCAUACAGCACUCUGCCUCGACCUUCCCUCCUGGGAGCUUUGGAAAACUGCUGCUCAAGAUCGUCCGGCGAAUCCAGACCAUCGCAUGGGAGAAGACAAAGGAGCUGGCUCAGAAGCAAGCUCAGCACCAGGACCCGGCCUCACUGUCUCUGCUCAGUAUCUCAGACCUGAUCCCAGACCUGCAGAUCAUCUUCUUCUGGAUGUCCAACUCCAUCGAGAUCCUCUAUUUUAUACAGCAAAGAGCUCCAGCGUACACACACAGCAUCGAGACACUGCAAGGGUCGAAGGAGUCCCUGCUAUCUGCGACGAUAUCAGCCAAUGAGGAGGCAAUGACCAUCCUGGAAGAAGUGAUCAUGUACACUUUCCAGCAAUGUGUCUACUAUAUCACCAAGGCUCUUUAUGUAGUGUUGCCAGGUUUGUUAGACUGUAAUCCAUUCCCGGUCGACAGCUCUGAGCCGUGCUGGAAAGGAGGUGUAGGGUUUCCUGAACCUAUACGCAGGGUCCUGCAGGUGUUACAGAAUGCCCAGGAGCUUUUGCAUGGUUAUGAGGUCCACCCGGAGAUCCAGGCUCAGAUGUUUGCUUACCUCUUCUUCUUCUCCAACGUGUCUCUGUUUAACCAGCUAAUGGACAAAGGUCCCUCCCGGGGUUGGUUCCAGCGCUCCAAGGUGCUGCAGAUCCAGGCGUGUUUGCGAAUGGUCAUGGAGUGGGCGAGCAGAUCCAGUCUGGGACAUCUGGCCGACAAAUUCUUCACCAAACUCACCAGCACGGUGUCCAUACUGGCCACAUCCCCACAACAGCUCAAACAGCUGAGUUGGAGAGCGUUGUCCAGUGAGCAUCCGUCUCUGAAACCAGUGCAGCUGCACAGGAUUCUCACCCAGUACCAGCUCACAGCAGAGAUCGGCCCCGUCCCAAUCUGGCAGCCCAGCAGUGAGGACGAGGCCUACAUUUACAGAACAGUGGACCUCCUGGAGAGCUUUGAGAACCACCCUCCCAUCGUGUUGCCCAGCGCCGGGUUCCGAGUGGACUUGGACAGCGAGUGUGUGGAAGACAGCAUCUACAGGCAGCUGCUCUACAUCCGCCACUACCUGUGGGGGCUACGCACCAAGACGCAGCCGCACGCCAACGCCCCGAGCGUGCACACGCACUCAAACGGAACCAACACGGCCGACUGGCCCGACGUCCAGAGGGAGCUGCUGCCUCCCACCCACAACAGUCCCCGCUCCGGAGCUCCCGGGGACGAGGCGGAGACAGGGGAGGAGAGAGGACGGGACAGACCCCCGGGCCAGACACACACACACAGCCUCAGGAGGAACGGGACCAUUCACCACCCACGGCCUGCAAAUCCCGACCCGUCCUGCCUCCUGACCCCUCCCAACACCCCGCUGUACCCCGACGGAGGCGGGGGAGGGGUCCUCGGGCCGAUCAUAGGCCCCAACACUCAGACUAACGGCUGCGGCGGCAGAACGGCGGCAGAAUGCAAGAAGACCAACGGGCUCAUCACCAACGGACUGGAGGGGUGUAUAAGUGGGUGUGAGUUUCCUUUCCCUGUAUCCUCCCCUGGCGUCCCUCCCCUCCCUGAUGACUUGUGUGUGGUGUUUGUAGUGGAACUGGACAAGGGACCGUACGGACUGGGCAUGGGACUCAUAGACGGCCUGCACACUCCUCUCAACGCUCCAGGCAUUUACAUCCGGACCCUGAUCCCCGACGGGCCGGCUGCCUCCGACGGCCGCCUGAGGAUCGGGGACCGCAUCCUGGCUGUGAACGGGACCAGCCUGAUCGGAGCAGACUACCAGAGCGCGGUGGAUCUGAUUCGUCUGGGGGGAGGUCGACUGCGCUUCCUGGUCGCCAAGUCUGACCCCGAGGUUUCGGAUAAGAUCAGUGCCUCCUCCUGCUGACCGCCUCCACGGCGCAGCCAAGAAACGCACACAGUCCACAGGUAGGACGGUGAGGGGUGCAGAUGUGUGUGUGCUGAUGAACAGGAAACACACAAACGAACCCGGGAUGCGUAACACUACGCCGCAUGAAAUAUGGAUGCAAGCUGCAGCUGCCAGACCUGCCCCCCCCCCCACCACGCUGACUCCUCCUCUGUAACCCACGGCGACAUCCCACCAGCGUGCUGCGAGGUGGGCGGGGUCUAACGAGCCAGUCAGAAGUCUGACGUGGUUUCAAAGCACAGUAGAUUGAUGGGUUUUUAAAGUUCUCAUCAGUCGGAGCAUGUGUGCACACUGGACUUCUUCCCCCCGCCUGUAUUUUAGAAUAAUUUGUAUUAGCGAUGCAGGCAUUAAUUAGCAUGAUGAACCCAGCUCUCGGGACAAAGAGCGUCUGAUGGACAUGAACUGAAAAACAUGGAGACGACCUCGAUGUCUUACACGGAAUGUUUAAUAUACCUUUUUGCUGGUGAAGCCUCCCAAACAUGAUCCCUGAAUGCUCCACAGACUCAAACCAUCGUGUACGAAUGUCGACUCUCGCUGGAGAAGUGGACGAGGAGGCAAAACUCUCGAGUGUGAAGACGACCGACGCAGCUCCCCUCUCUCACAUUUAACCCCAUCGGUGAACUUGUAAGGAUGAUCUCCGGGGGGCGUCGUUUAUUAAUCACUGGAUCGUCGAGGCGUCACAGUUUCACUCCAGAGUCUCUGAUGCACAACCCCUCUGUGUAUAAACCCUCAUUUUACUGUGGAUAUAUGCUGCUGUAUGUGUCUGGUUCUGAGAGGUGUAAAUAACUGUUUGUACAUAUUUAACACUUCCAUGGACAAAAGAGAAACUGCAUUUGGGAAAGUUUUUUUUUUUUUGGGAAACAGUAUUAAGAAACAGUAUUAACUGGAAAGAGAGAAACAGAAAAUGGGUUGUGUACUUUUUUCAAAUAUUUAAUUCUCAACCAUGUUAAUUUAUUUUGAUUCCAAUUAAUAGAAGUAUGGGUUGUGUGCUGUAGAACUGCAAACUCCUGUUUACACAGGUCGGUAAAGGUCACUACACGAACACUUCAAGAAAACAAUCUUAAUUCUAGUGAUGAACAGCAGAUUUCAGUCAAAUUAACCCGAAGUUUCAAGGUGUCCGUCAGUGAGUUUUUAACAAUUAAAUCCUUUUUUUCAUAUAAAAUAGAUCCAAUAAAGACAAAAUAAUUCCCAGAACCAGGAGAUUCAAUUUGAUUCACAGUGUAAACAAAGAAAAGUGAAGAAAUCUCGACAUUAACACUGAACAUUUGCCAUUUUUACUCGACUUGACUGAUUCAUUGAUUAGUUACUAAUUUCAGCCCUAAAGUUGACAUUAUUUUUGGGGUGUUGUUAUUGUUGCACUGUCUUUUUUUAAACAUGUUUUAAUUACUAAAUUAUUUCACACAUGUAAAAAAAAAAACAAUUGUUUCUUCUCUUCCAUCAGUUUUGUUUCAAUCUAAAUCUUUGGAUUUUGUUCCAUUUUCAAGGUUUGACCUCCCGUGUGUUUAUUCUUCUCUGGUCGUUAUUUAUACUGGUUAAUGAUGGUACUUAAUAAUAAAGACUGUUUA